CCCGUCGGCCCCGUCCUGCUCGUGGCGGAUGCCUCGCUGGACUCUCGUAUCUAGCAAACGAGAUCUACGUACGUAUAUAAACUGGCCAGGGCGAGACGCUUCGCUCAGAAGCUUCGCUCCGCUCGUUUAGGUUCGCGAAGGGCACGUUACUCCGGUCUUGGCGUCGCGACGCGCAAACGGUCAUCCAACGUCUCUGGCUACAUCAGCGCGGCUUCCUCGUAUUCUCUUGAUCUCUUCCAGAAGACCAAUCGAAAAAUGAGUAGGUUUCUCACGUUAAUUGGCAUUGGCCUUGCGGCGACGCUUCUCUUCUCCGUCGCUGAAGCCAGUCCCCUUGAGAAACAUGAGAAACACGAGAAACACGAGACGCUGGAAAAGACUCCUUCCAAUCUUCAGCAUCCACUGCAGCAGCUACAGUCAGUGACCUUGAGCGAUCGUGCCAAGUACGAAGAGGAGCUCCUGCGCAAGCUAAAUACCAAGUGCUCGCAGAACGACGUCAGCAGCUGCGUCAUGCUCAAACUCGUGACCUACAUGAACAAGCUCUUGAAGAAGGCCUCCAUCGAGCUGACGGACGACAUCGAGAUCAGCCAGAAGACUGAGCAGUCAAUUAACGAGAAUGCCGCUGCGGGUGUCAGUGGACCGAAGGCGGCGUCCGGUGGAUUCGGCGCCGGUCGCAGCCAGGACGACGACACCGAGGCCUUUGACCUAGUGGCGAGUAAGCUCUAUGCCUUCGUCAAGUCCAGGAACAUCAAGUGGAGGGUCUUCCCGGAGGACGACGUCGUCGUCUCAGCUUCCGAGGAUGAGAGUGGUGCCUUGAAUCUCGGGGUCUCCAUUGAGAAAACAAAGAAUGGCGGUGCGAGAGCAGCGACAGCCGACGGCGCAGCGCAAGACGGUCGCGGAAAGAAGAACAGCAUGGGACCGCUAAUCGCCGCCGCAGUUCUCAAGAUCGGGCUGAUCGGUGGUCUGGCCUUCAAGGGACUUGCACUGCUAGUCGGCAAGGCUCUACUACUGUCGAAGAUUGCUCUCCUCCUUGCCGGAAUAAUCGGCCUGAAGAAGCUCUUCUCCCAGCAGAAGCACGUGACGUACGAGGUCGUGAGUCACCCUCAUCACACCUCGAGUCACGCGUACAGCGCGGACCACGGCGGCCAUGGGGAUAGCUACUCCAGCGGAUGGGCCAGAAGCUUCCACUCUUCGUCAUCGGUGCCUGCAAAGUUGCAGGUCGAGCCGUCGGCCGAUCAGCAUGACCUCGCUCACAAUCUCGCCUACUCCGCACACCUGCCUGCCAACUAAACGGGAUCUUGCGAUAACCUCUCUUCCUCCAUCCUCUCAUCGUCCUCAUAAUCUUUGCUUCUUCGCCAUCGGCACGCAUUCCAGAUGCCUCUAAUCGUAACCCCAUGCCGAUCUCGAUCUUCCUCUUAGCAGUGACGAUCCAAUUGAUCAGCUGACUUGAAUUCUCAAAUUGGAAAAUUAGGAAACACUGAAUUUUCUUUCUUGCCAUUAGAUUUAAGGUACUAUAUUGAUUGCUGUAUAUGCCAGCGACACACGAUUCCCUCGACACGUUCGUCCCUCAUGCCCGAUAUGUGCACGUGAGCGGAGUGAUUGUCACGAGAUUGACGAAACGUACGAGACAGACGAGACGCUCACUUGUUCCUCAAAUUCCUAGACUCGUUUCUCUUGGCAACGAACCUGCGACUAUGAAUGAACGUUAGCGCACGAGGAGCACAAGGGUAAGUGCGAGUGCGACUAGACAUGACGCGACAGAAGAGGACAGAGACUGAGAGGAAUCGAAGAACGUGCUAGUCACCUCUUCUUCUUACAAAGAAAUCAGAGCAUCGGAAUUUCCCUUCAGGAACGAGCUUACGAAUCUCACGACUAUCACCACCACCAUCACCUCAUCGAAGCCUUAAUUAUUACUUUUCUUUUCGUCAUCGUUAUCGAUAAUUUAUUUUAUUUCAUUGCUAAUCAUGGCGAAAUGUACAUGCUAUAUUUUUACAAAAAUAAAUAUUUAUUUGCCAACCAAAAGCACGUACACAGGGUGUACACGUUCGUUAGCCUAUAUGUCAAGAUAUUCACAAAGAUAGGGAUGAUAUGCAAAUAAGAAAGAAAAAUUUACUAAAUCGAAAUUUGACAAUUCUCUAUGACUAGUGAAACUUAUAGUGAUGCACUUGGAAGGUGUACAUUGAAAAGAAUCAUUUAUUUCA